GAGAGCGUCGACACUCAAAGCACUUCACACAGCGGCUCUGUUACGCUCGGCGACCGGCAUCAAACCACCCGUAGAGCUGGAGUUAUGCUGCUUUAACGCUCAGUUUGGUUUCUGACCAGCAAACACGCAGCCUGACCACCGGCAGAGUCUUGAGUUGUGCUGGGUUUAUAUAAAGGCCUGAUACACAAUGCACAUCUGAAUACAGCCUAAAUGAAUUCCCUAAAUAUGACCGUUAUGGGAGAGAGGCAGUGACAGGGUGGUUACCUGGGUAACCGGGCUGCCGUGGUUACUAAUUAAUUCAUUAUCAAUCAGGCUGGCAUAGUUACUAAUUAAUUCAUUAUCAAUCAGGCUGGCAUAGUCACUAAUUAAUUCAUUAUCAAUCAGGCUGGCAUAGUUACUAAUUAAUGAAUUAUCGAUCAGGCUGGCAUAGUUACUAAUUAAUUCAUUAUCGAUCAGGCUGGCAUAGUCACUAAUUAAUUCAUUAUCGAUCAGGCUGGCAUAGUCACUAAUUAAUUCAUUAUCAAUCAGGCUGGCAUAGUUACUAAUUAAUUCAUUAUCAAUCAGGCUGGCACAGUUACUAAUUAAUUAAUUAUUCUUUAGGCUGGCAUAGUUACUAAUUAAUUAAUUAUUCUUUAGGCUGACAUGGUUACUAAUUCAUUAAUUAUUAAUGAGGCUGGCAUGGUUACUAAUUCAUUAAUCAUUCUUUAGGUUGACAUGGUUACUAAUUCAUUAAUUAUUAAUUAGCCUGGCAUGGUGGGUAUUUGUUUUUGUUGGAUAAUUAUCAACAGACCAUCAUCAAAAGAAACAGUGGAUGUUGCAGACAGGGAUGCACCGAUACGAUACAUGGGCUUAUGGUAUGGGCCGAUACCAAGUACCAAUCCAGUGUUUAAUUAAUAAGCCGUGUGCCUCACUGUGUGGAAGAGACUGGGAUCUUUCUUUUAUGUGUAAGGCAACAUCAGGCUUCACUCAAACAUUGCUUCCCUAACUUUGUAAAACAAAAUGUAACAAAUAAAUACACACACAGACACUCUGUUAUUUUUGUUGCUUUCACACUAUCACUGUGAAGUUUCUCGCGUCUUUGCAACGCACCCGACAAAGUUAACUGCUUCUUUCGAAUCGUCCCGAUUUUCGUCCGGUUGAACUCGUCGUGCUCUUUGGCAUGAUGCUUCUGGAGGUGCUUGCCCUGUCCACUCUAAUCCAGGUAAUGUGGACAGGGUAAACGGAGUUUCAGAAAUGAUGACAUUAUGGUUGCCAUGACACCGGUGAAAGUUUAUGCUCGAGACACUAAUACAAACAUGACGGGCGAAAUGCUGUCAGUGCUGCUCUGUCACGUUUGCUAAUCCGUCUUCAGUCACAGAUCAUCACACUGUACAAUGCACAUGCACUGUUCCAACGCAGAAGAAGAGCUUUAUAUUUACUUUGCUUAAGAGGGGCGGCUCAAACCCCACAUGGAGCGGCGAUUUUGGACGCGACCCGGCCGAACAAGUAGCUGGUGGGACAACGUCAUAAUGCCGUAACUGCAAACACUAAGGCGUUUCAGCGUUUUGGUGUGGACGUACAACAUUUGGAAAACGGUGUGAAAACGGUAGUGUGUAUGGAGACUAGAAUAGAUCAACCCCAUUGUCACAAAUAUCCGAUCCAGCUGUCUGAGUCCGUAUCAGACCGAUAUCCGAAAUAUCAGUAUCGGAAGUCUCCUGAGAAGGAGGGUGUUAAACUGCAUCCCGGCAGUACCGGUGCCGAAUGGGAGAGUUCAAUAGAGGUAGCAUGCUUACUGUGGUGCAUAACAAGGAACUGUUUGUUUGAGGGGAGAAAUUUUGGGGCCUGUUUUCAUCACGCAUCAAAUAGAAUACUCGCCUGAACAGGGACUUGAACCCUGGACCCUCAGAUUAAAAGUCUGAUGCUCUACCGACUGAGCUAUCCAGGCUCUGGGGAGUAGUGGAGAACUGACCGCACCUGGAACUCUACUUACUGAUAGUACGCUCCUCGUUUGAAGUUGUGACACUGACAGUCGGUCGACCUUAAAACCGUGACUUUGACCACGUGUUUCAGUCUCAGGCCACGGCUGUUUAUUUCGGUCCACCACCCUCAUCCAAGACCACGGGGCGCAACAGUAGUGAGCCUGACUCCAGCUCAGAAGGCUGUGUGUUCACAUUCACAUCACUCUUUUACUCACAAGGGCCCUCUCUUUUUCAGUAGUUUCCAUGCACUGUAAUUCCACAAACACCUCUCUGGAGAGGCACUCUCUGCAUCCUUGUUCCAAGAUUUCUGUAGGCAAAGCCAUGAAUGUGAACGACCCUCUUUGGUCAGAAUGUCAGUACAUUUUUUAAUCUUCUGUAUGAAGAAAAGAAACUGUUUUGUUAUAAGGGGAUCUGCAAUCCUCAGGUGGCUGCCACUAUCCACCAAUGUUCUGCCCCAAUUUAUUUAUUUGUUUGUUUAUGGAGGGGGUGGAGAGGAGGGAUCUGCCAACAUUGGGGGAGACACGUCACUCACCGUGCCCCUUAUUUCCAACACCUCUACACAUCAGGGCUUAGGCCAGCUAAUAAUAAUGACAACCUCAGGAUUCAUAGUCAGCACUGACCUCAGAUCAGUUAGACUUCUAGAGAAGGACAUGGUCAGAUCCCUCCCGAUUCAUAUAUCAGAUUACAGUUUAUAAACAGUUACAGGAAAAUCCUAAAUCAUUUCCCUGUGUGUAUGUGUGUGUGUGUGUAUUUCUGUAUGGGUGUGUGUGUGUGUGUGUAUGGUGUGUGUAUGGGUGUGUGUUUCUUUUUCUUGAGAAACAAUAAAGUAUAUCACUUACUGUACUGGAAAGUAAGGAAUACAAAUGUAAAUAAUAAGAAGAAAGAAAGAAAGAAAGCAGGAAAGAAAGAAAGAAAGAAAGAAAGAAAGAAAGAAAGAAAGAAAGAAAGAAAGAAAAACAGGAAGAAAGAAAGUUGAUGUUUAAAGCAGUAGGACUACAGACUUAAAUCUAUGUCCUGUGAGAUGAGUUAACACUGAUCAGAAAUGCCUGCUCAUCAUGUGGAAAUCACCUGAGAUUUUUAUGAGAAUGAAAGACAAACAUCAAGCUCAGUGACUUUCGGUGAAACUUGUCUGUUCUGAACUUCAUCUGUGAUACUGGUCAUCCCUGAAAAGCGACGCAUUGUUUCAUCACCGUCAUUACCGUCAGCGUGGUUUGUGUGGGUGUCCUGGAUUGGGCAGGGCCUUUAUAGGUUUACAACACCUGGGAGUAGAGUUCACUCCUACACUGCGCGAAGACACAGAGAGGGAGAGAGAGAGUGAGAGCGACAAAGAGCGAUUAACGACAUCAAAUCUUCGGUUUGAUAUUUUAACGAUCCUUGCUCCUGUGUGGCUUUUAAAACGUUUUCCGCUGAGUGUGAGGAGAUCUUUUGGAGGCGACCAUGUCGAUGGCAGUGGAACUGAUGGGUUUUUUACUGGGUGUGGGCAGUUGGCUGCUAACUGGAGCAUCUCUGGCCAACGAUUUCUGGAGGGUGUCGUCGUUUGCGGGUAGCGUGAUUACGUCCUCCCGUCAGUACCAGAACCUUUGGCAGUCGUGUGCAGAGAGCAGCACAGGGGUCAGCAACUGUCGAGAGUUUGAGAGUUUACUCGCCCUGCCAGGUUACAUCCAGGCAUGUCGUGCCUUGAUGAUCAUUGCUCUCUUGUUGGGACUGUUUUCUAUGGUCCUGUCUAUACUGGGACUGAAGUGCACCAAACUGGGCAGUACAUCCCCUGAAGCCAAAGGCAAACUGGCCCUGACUGCCGGAAUUCUGUUUAUUCUGUCUGGUCUGUGUACCUUAAGUGCAGUGUCAUGGUAUGCAGCUCGUGUUGUGCAAGAAUUUUAUGACCCAUUUUUUGGAGGCACCAAGUUUGAGUUGGGUGCAGGUCUGUAUCUGGGAUGGGCAGCAGCUGCCCUGGCCAUACUGGGUGGAGGAAUGCUGUGUUCUUCAUGUAAGACGAGUACAUCAGGAUCACCCAGAGGAAAUUACACCUAUAACUACACGGCCACCGCCCAGGACCAAAAGAUUUACCGGACCCCCCCAUCCUCAGCGGCCGGGAGCUCCAAAGCCUACGUGUGAAACUGGAGUUAGAGAAUUUGUGUGUUUGAGUGAAUUCAGGUUCAGUCUCACUGUAGGAGAAUGUUUGAAUUUUGGUUCAUUUUUACUGUAUCCUUGUGCUUUAUGUACAAUUGUUACAAGCCCCUGCCUGAGCUAUUCUCUACCAGCAGUUAUGUGUGUGUGUGUGUGUGUGUGUGUGUGUGUGUAUGUGUGUGUGUGUGUGUGUGUGUGUAUGUGUGUGUGUGUCUUUACUGGCCUUUGGCUAUUUGAUUACAGCACAAAGGGAAAGUCAACUUGUUUGUGCCAACGUACUGUGAAGAAAUUGAUGUAACUGAAUUUAUGAAGUUUCUGUCUGCCCCCUGCUGGCUCUUUAAAAGUAGUGAAAAUGUAUUAUGGGGCAAUGUGAAAUUGUGUUCAGCUUUUGUACAAAGUAAUAAACGAUUUAUGACUGAA